AUGGAUUUUGAGGCAGUGGUGUUUACCGAAUCCGCGAUUGUGGGGAUGGCGGAGGGGGGGUGGGUGGUAGAUCUCACAGAGGAAGGGGAGCGGGUUGAGCAUGGGCAUUGCUUGCUCUGCGCUGAGGGGAGGGUUGAGCCCGAACAGCUGGCUACAGUUAAACUACUCAUCCGACAGAUGGCCGAUGAGGCGUGUGUGCGUCCGCACUCGCCUUGCCCCCCCCCCCCACCCGCCACCAUCCCCUCUGCAUUCACGCCUGUCGAGGCCGUACGAUCAACUUGA